AGAGAAAAGACUAGAAGGACUAUUUUUCUGCCCUCUCGAACGCAAGCGACCUGAAGUGUGCCCGGCAAGAUUACCGGCCGGAAAUUACUGUGAGAAUGUGAAAAGCCCGCUUUGCAUGAGGACGCUACCGAGAGUAGAAGUCUGUGCCAAUCGUGGGCUGUGCGAUAUGUCCCACAGAAUAGGCGCACGAUUUCUUGCUGUCUAUUUACAGCCCUAAACUGUUGUUCGACAGAAAUUAACUUAGAGGCGCUUGACUGUUGCUAGCAGUUUUAUUGACGCUUCAUUUCGUUCGCCAUUUUAUCUUGUAAUCGAUGCGCUUUAGACAUGGGGAGGCUACGGGUUUCGUACCAUUACAGGGUCUCAUGUUUGACUUUGUCAGUUCUCUUCAUCCAGUCGAUCAGCUGCCAUCUCGCUGCACCUAUAGGAGUGAAACCUGGAAACACGGCCAAUCAGAGGGAGAGGAGGGCAUCUAGGGAACCCUACUGGGCAUAUUCUGGGGCGCAUGGUCCAUGGAGAUGGGCAUCAGCAUACCCUGAGUGUGGCGAGAAGAAUCAGUCACCUGUGGACAUCCCAGAUGAACAAGCCCAGAUCUCUCAAGAGUGCCAAGAACUCACCCUGGAGGGCUUUGAGGUCAAGUCAUCUAACAAAACAUCUAUGAAGAACACAGGCAAAACAGUCUCCAUUCUUCUGAAGAAUGACUACUUUGUAAGAGGGGCGGCGCUACCUGGGCGGUUCAAGGCAGAGAAGGUGGAGUUUCACUGGGGCCACUCCAAUGGCUCAGCCGGCUCAGAGCACAGCAUUAAUGGCAAGAGGUUUCCAGUUGAGAUGCAGAUUUACUUCUAUAAUUCAGACGACUUUGACAGUCUCACUAUGGCGAUAAAGGAGAGGAGAAUCAUCGCUGCCAUGGCAGUUUUCUUUCAGAUAGGGAGGAAGGACAAUGUGGCAGCAGAUCCCAUAAUCACAGGACUCAAACGGGUUGUCCAUCAUGAGAAGGAGACAACCCUUGGGCCUUUCAUCCUGAGGGACCUGUUGCCAUCGUCUUUGGGGAGCUACUACCGCUACACCGGCUCCCUGACAACACCGCCAUGCAGUAAAGUAGUGGAAUGGAUCAUCUUCAGUCAACCUGUUUAUCUGUCCUACCACCAGUUGGAGGCAUUCUACUCUAUCUUCACCACUGAGCAGCAGGACCAUGUAAAGUCAGUGGAGUACCUCAGGAACAAUCAUCGGCCCACUCAAGACUUGGAUGGCAGGCUUCUCUUCAGAUCAGCAGUGAAGGACGCCUGGCUUUCAGACCCGAUGACGGAUGGACAGGCUAGCUCCACAGACACUGAGACCUCCAGAAUCUGCAGCAGCAUCCCUGACAACAUGAAAGUUCAUCCUCUGAACCAGACUGCCCUGGUGCUGACCUGGAACCGGCCGUCGAUCGUCUACCACCCACCCAUCUUGGGCUUCCUCGUGUCCUACAGUUGGGUGAAGGAAGAAGUGGCUUUUGAGAAAACCUUCACACAGACCAGUGAGCAGCAUACAAGGGCAGUGAUCACACGAAUGUCCCCAGAUGUUCUGUAUCUGUUCCGAGUGCAGGCCUUGUGUCAGAGAGACCAGCGUAGUGACUUCAGUCAAACACUUUUAUUUAGAGCAAAUACCACAAGGAUAUUUGAAGGUACAAGAAUUGUAAAACCCGGAAUGCCUACGGUGUCUCCACCUUCCUCUGCAGACAUGGCCCCCAUCAGUUCUGGAUCCUCUACAUGGGCCUCUUCUGGCCUCCCCUUCUCUUUCGUCUCCAUGGCAACGGGCAUGGGACCUCCGUCCAGUGGCGGGCAGGCUACGGUAGCAUCUGUGGUUACCAGCACACUAUUGGCGGGCCUGGGCUUCAGCGGCAGUGUAAUCUCCUCUCUCCCUGGGUCCUUCUGGCCCACCCAGUCUCCAGGCUUAAGCCCUACCCCAAAUCGACAGCCAGCUUCUCCCACUUCCGAGACCACUUUCUCUGAAACCAAGGCCACUCCCUCUGAGGAGGGGGCGGAAAUUAAAGAGCCAGAGGAUGAAGACAGUGAUCAAGAAGGAGAGGAAGAGGAAGAUAAAGAGGAAGAGGGGAAAGAAGAAAGAAAAAAGAAAGAAAAGACUGUGAUAGUAAAGGACAAAAAGCAAGGGCAGAGCACUCUUCAGAAUCCUUCUGCUCCUGUGCCAACAUCGACAUCGAAAGAAAAAGAAAAAGAGGGUGGGGCUGUGAAUACAGAGGCCUCCACAGUGCCAUCUAGAGGCAUGGAGGAGCAGCUCUCCAUGGUCACUCAGAGACCGGCAGGGUGGAAUGUGACACAAAUGUCAUGGCUGCCAGACAGUGACAAGACAAACAUGGAGCUUGUCACGAGUUCCACAAAGCUGACCAAUGAAGACAGGGAUCCUUGGCCUUUCUACAUUCAUACUGAGCAAAACAGCAUAUCUACUGUUCACCGGGAUCCAGGCUUCUCAGCGAGCAGGAUGGAAUGGAUCAUCCCUCUGAUGGUAGUGUCAGCUCUCACUCUCCUCUGCCUCGUCAUGCUGCUGGCUGUCCUGGUUUACUGGAGGAUGAAUAGCAUCUGCUCUUUGCUCUGCAUUAAGUACAGGAGGUUUUUCCAUGCUGCUCAUAUCUACAUAGAGGACAGGAAUUCCCCUAGAGUAAUUUGCAAUGAGAGCUUACCUGCCCUCUCCAUACCUGAUGACCAGGAAGCAGUCCCAGUCAGACAGUUCAUCAAACAAAUCAUGGAACUCUACGCCAACAAUCAACAUGGCUUUACUAAGGAGUUUGAUGAGGUUCAGCAUUGCACAGUUGAUGUUAAUAUUACAGCAGAGUAUUCAAACCAUCCAGACAACAAGCAUAAGAACAGAUACAUCAAUAUAGUAGCCUAUGACCAUAGCAGAGUGAAAUUGCAACCGUUGCCUGGAAAAGAUUCCAAACACACUGACUACAUCAAUGCUAACUAUGUAGAUGGUUAUAACAGGCCUAAGGCAUAUAUUGCGGCUCAGGGACCUCUGAAGUCCACCUUUGAAGACUUCUGGAGAAUGAUCUGGGAACAGAACACCAGUGUAAUCAUCAUGAUCACCAAUCUGGUGGAGAAAGGCAGAAGGAAAUGUGAUCAGUAUUGGCCAUCAGACAACAGUGAGGCAUAUGGGACAAUGGUAGUGACGCUGAAGAGCACUAGGGUGCAUGCUUGGUACACUCUACGCCACUUUCUCAUACGCAACACCAGAGUCAAAAAGAGUCAGAAAGGAAGGCAGAAUGGGAGAACAGUGGUCCAGUAUCACUAUACUCAGUGGCCAGAUAUGGGUGUGCCUGAGUACACCCUUCCAGUGCUCACAUUCAUCUCCAGGUCCUCUGCAGCUCGUGCUCCUAACUCUGGGCCCAUCCUAGUUCACUGCAGUGCUGGCGUGGGGAGGACAGGCACGUACAUUGUGAUUGACAGCAUGCUCCAGCAGAUAAAGGACAAAGGCACAGUAAAUGUCCUGGGCUUUCUCAAACACAUCCGCACCCAGCGCAAUUAUCUGGUCCAGACCGAGGAGCAGUAUGUGUUUAUUCAUGAUGCUCUGAUGGAGGCAGUGCUUAGCAAAGACACUGAAGUGCCAGCAUGGCAGCUCCACUCCUAUGUAAACAGCUUCCUCCGUCCGGGCCGUACUGCCACUUCUCGCAUGGAGAAACAGUUUAAGCUGGUGAUGCAGUGUAAUGCCCAUUACAUGGAGUGUUUCAGUGCACUCAAAGAAAGCAACAAGGCGAAGAACCGCAACUCCUCAGUGGUGCCAUCGGAGCGAGCUCGGGUCACGCUCACUCCUCUUCCUGGAGUGAAGGGAACGGACUACAUCAAUGCCUCUUACAUUAUGGGCUACCACAGGAGCAAUGAGUUCAUUAUUACCCAGCAUCCCUUGGCACACACCAUUACAGACUUCUGGAGGAUGAUCUGGGAUCACAAUGCUCAAGUCAUCGUCAUGCUUCCUGACAAUCUAGGUCUAACCGAGGACGAGUUUGUAUACUGGCCCAGCAGAGAAGAGCCCAUGAACUGUGCGGCAUUCACCGUCACCCUCAUCAACACUGAUAAAUUGUGUCUGUCUAAUGAAGACCAGCUCAUCAUCCAUGAUUUUAUCCUGGAGGCCACACAGGAUGACUAUGUGCUGGAGGUUCGGCAUUUCCAGUGUCCAAACUGGCCUGACCUUGAGGCUCCCAUUAGUAACACAUUAGAGCUGAUCAACAUCAUCAAAGAGGAGGUCAUGUCUAGGGACAGCCCCACCAUCGUACAUGACGAGUUUGGUGCAGUUUCUGCUGGGAUGCUCUGUGCUCUGACUACCCUGUCACAGCAACUGGAAAGUGAGGGUGCUGUGGAUGUCUACCAGGUGGCCAAGAUGAUUAACCUCAUGCGGCCAGGGGUCUUCACAGAGAUUGAGCAUUAUCAGUAUCUCUACAAAGCAGUGCUCAGCCUUGUCAGUAAUAAAGACACUGGACUUUGCUAUCCCUACUUGGACAGACAUGGGAGGGUAGUGAACGCAGAUGGAUCCAUCCCGGCUGAGAGCAUGGAGUCUUUGGUGUGAAAGUUCAAAUGAGGGGACACCCAAGUUCAUUCAGCAGACUUUCCUCGAGGCCUUUAUUUUUGCCAGACUCAUUGGUAAAAUAUAUAUUAAAAACAACCUAAAGACUUUUUGUAUACUGAUAAAAAUUCUUUUGAUAUUUAUUUUUGCUGCUUUUUGUUAUCCUGCUGUGUCACAACCUGUUCUUCAAAUAUAGAAACACACACGUGUGCACACACACAUACAACAAAAUGCAGCUGUCUACUUUGCACUAUACUCUCAGUGUUACUGCCUGAUGCCUAGCUGAUCUCCUCCCAUUAUUCCCAUCAAGCUCCUGUCCACUACUUGGGGGGGGGGGUUGGGGGUGGCAAUGCUCCUCUGCAGAAGUCAACACUUUCACUUUUAACACAGACCACAUUAGCGUAGAUACCUGCCUCAUCUACAUGCAAGAUAUUCUCACUAAGGCUCCUCAUGUUCAACUCAAAGCCCAUCAUGAUUCAAGUUUCAUCAGAAGGAAGUGUUGGGUUGUUAUUUUUGGUUAAAUGUCACUGAAAAUGACCAUUUUCAGUCUAACUUAUAUAUGUUAUUUCAAUGUGGUAUAACAGCAACUGUGAACAUAUAUUGUUAUUGGUAGCAUUUCUAUUGUUUUGUAAAACAUAAAUAUAUUGAUCAUA